AUGCCACAACCGUUUGGCACUUUCGACGUCGCGUGUUUGACGCUCUUCUACGUGUCCGGUAUUGAACAAGAGCGACGUUCUCCUGUCGAAGUAGGGCUGUACGGCUGCCCGUGUGUAUGGCUGCCCGUGUCCACUCUUUGUAGUCGGGGAUUUCCGAGGGGUCGUGGACACUGCCUUUGACGAGGAUCUGGUGCUGGUAGGGGUCCUUGUUAUCGUCUUCGUCAUCGUAUCAUUCAUCAUCGCGGUACAUGAGACCAAGAGCAACAAUCUCUUCAUGGAAAAAACUCUGUAUUGGAUUGAUCCCUGUUGCAGCUCAACCUGCUCAUUGCACUGUUCACGACAACCUUUUCCACCAUUCUUGAGACUAGCAAAGCCCAAUACGAGCAGCUACGCAUCAAAGUGCUCAACGAGUAUUCAUAUUCAUACAUCUGCACCGAGCUCCCCAUCCCGCUCAACUUUUUACCCGGUACACACUCGUCAACAAGACAUUUGGAGGAUAAUUCUGACGUUCCUGUGUAAGUAAUCGAUGAUGCAGGACUGCUUCCCUGCCUGAUGCUGUCCCGCUACAUCCAAGGCCGCGUGGCAAAGCAAGUCGAGCACCUCUCAAACCCACAGGCCCCCAAGAAGCAUGAGAGCGUUCAACUCGUAUGGGCUGCCUAUGCGUAUUGGGUCAUAUUUGGUCUUAUCUUUUUAUCUUACCUGCUCCUUUUUGGGGCUGUGUGGAUGUUGUCUUGGGUGCCAAGGCUGCUGAGACUCCUUCUCUUCUAUGCGAAUCCACCGAAUUGGAGACGCUGCUGUGAGAGACACUGCGAGGAAGGAAAUCAGGACAAGCCGACUGAUGAGGCAUCAAGGGUCGACAAGCAUAAGGACGAUACCGCGCGAAAUAAAUUAUCAUGGGCGACGUUCUCAAAGGCAUGCAGCUGCUCGAAAAAUUGUCCGGGUUUUUGUCUCAUUUCACGACAAGUUGCGACUCUUGUGCUACGAGUGAGCUAUUUGGGCGGGGGGGCAGCGGGGGAGGGGCACAGGUGACUUGAAGCUGAUUUAUGUGGAUGUCAGGAAUGUCUUCCCAAGGUGGAUCGUCUAUCGCUUGAAGAUGCAACAGAAAUGGUCAGGAGCAAAAUCCUGAGCAGCUACGCAAUUCCCGAUAAGGCGGCAGCAGGAGACACGAAGGUAUUUCACGGUGUCAUUUUUGGCUCUUCUGAUAGCUAUGCACUGUGCAGACAAUGAACACACCGUAUGUUCAUCCCCGAUUCGAUGUAUUGGGUGCCGAGAUGCCCGAGUCCCUCGAGGUGCUUCUGAAUAAGAGCAUCUGGGAUCAGGCCGACCAUCAGACCGCGACCAUGGGCGACAUCUCCAAAGGUAAGAACCAUAAAUGA